UCCGUCUUGUUCCUCAGGUUUGAAAUGUCUGCAGCAUGGCGUGUGCACAGCAGUGUGCUGCUGAAUACCUCAGAAACUGCAGGAGAAACCUGGUGACUCAAAUGAGAAACCUUCCUCUGAUCAUUGAGAAUCUUUAUCAACAGAAGGUUUUCAAUGACCAUGAGGUCGAUGCUCUCAAAGCAGAGAGGACAGAGUUUGAUAAAGCCAGAUCUAUAUUGGAUUGGGUCAUUAACAAAGGGGAAACUGCCUGUUAUGAAUUACUCAGGAUUCUAGAUGCAACUCAGAAGAGGACAUUAGAUUCUGAUUUACACUACUGGAUCUGCUGUUUUCCCUUCAGAGUGGAAGAUACAGAGAUCAGCUAUUCAACUGGUACAAAGCCCUGUCAAAACUACCAGAAAAAGCUCAAGAACAAAGCAAAAAAUAUUCUGAAGGACCAAAGGGAACAUUGCGGUAAAUAUCUGGGUGACGAGGGACAAGUAAACUUCCAUUUUAUAUCUCUUGUUUUAGAGACAGACUCUGAGGGGAAAACUCCUCAAUGCAAAAUAAAAUGGAAAAACAAAAAAUGCAAAAAACUUCGUCCCAAAAAGCUGAGAGCUUACAUUCCUAAUGAGGAACAAGCACUUUCACCUGUGGAUCUCCUAAGAUGCCAAGAUAAGAACAUCCUCCUCAUAGGCAAACCUGGAAUAGGAAAGACUACAGUUGUCCAGGAAAUUAUGCGUCUGUGGGCAGAGAAAGAUGACAGAGAGUUUUACUACAUGUUUUACUUUGAUGAAAGUGUUUUGGCUCACAGUUCUAGGGUUGUCAAUUUGGAGUCUAUUUUCUUUGACGUAUAUUUAAAACCCAAGGAAAAAGACAGAAAGGACGUGUUUCAAGAUAUUGAGGAAAACUCUGAGAAUGUUGUCAUUGUAUUUGAUGGCGUAGUAGAUUUAGAAGAAAAUUCCACCUUACGGAAGAUCAUGAAGCACGAGCUCCUGCCUGAUGCCAAGAUUAUAAUAACAUGCAGAUCAGAGGUGGAAUAUGAUCCACUUUUCUCCAGCUGGCCGACACGGAAAGUGUAUGUCCAAGGAUUCAGUGAAAAGUCUAUCAGCACUUACUACCAGAGUAUGUUGGGUCACGAUUCUGUUCUUUUAGAUGAUGUUUUGAAGAAUCAAGAGCUGUUCAGUCUCAGCCAUGUGCCAAUGUAUGCGUUCAUGAUUGUAGACUUGAUUCAAUUUAAAAAUGACAACGUUUACAACCAUCUACACACAGUCACAGAAAUGUACAUCCACAUUUUCCGUGUUGCUGUGAAGAAGCAUGGAAAGAAAAAAAUUGAGGAAAUAGAUAUGUACUUGAAAGAGAUCAAAGACCAGAUUCAUCUGUUGAUGAAAAAUGCAUUCAGUGCAACUAUGCAGAAGUGCCUGAACCUUCCAGAUAUUAGCAGUGUUAAGAAAGACAUUUGUCAUGCUUUUCUGAAGAUGAUCACAACAAGAGACUCGCCUACAUCUGCAACAACAUACUGUGCAUUUCUCCACAACACAAUGCAGGAAUUCUUCUCAGCUUUGUGGCUUCUUGGAAAUCCAGGUGAAACUGAGAAAGUCCUACAUCUCUGUCAGACAGAGGAGAAUAAACACAUGAGACAUGUUCUUCCUUUCUUAUGUGGACUUCUGGGAGAACACAACAUUAACCUCAUCAAGUGUCUCUUCCCAGAGGAUCAGAUAAAGAAAACAUCUGAUUGGUUCAUUGAGAAGUUUUUGGACACUUUCCUCCAGCCUCAGAGUGAAAGUGAAGUGGUCGAUCUUCUCUAUGUGUGUCAGUGCUUGUAUGAGCUCCAGUCUCCUAAAGCAUGUUUAAUGUUCCUGGAGAAGAUGGACCAUCAGCUCGAGCCUGAAGGAGAUCUUGACCCUCAUCAGUGUUGUGCUUUGUCUUAUGUGAUCGGUCAGUCCAGAGAUAAAGAGGUUUAUUUGAAUCUGGAGGACUGUAACAUGACUGACACAGGAAUGAAAAUGAUGCUCAGAUGCUCACCAAAGAUCAGAUUAAAGAUUUGGGAAGAUCCACUGAAGCAAAUCACAUUCUUUCUAGAAUUCUUCCAUAAAGUGUCUCAGUGCAGUUGCUCCUUUUUUGAUCUGAGACCCAGAAACAAACCAGAACUGUGUGAUGCACUGCUGGAUCUUUGCUCACAUGUGAAGAACUAUGAGACUCAAACAGGCUGGAGUUUCCUUCCAGUGUUACAGUCAGUUUUCCAGUCACCUGAUGUCUGGAUCAUAGAUCUCUCACAGAGAAAGACCUCCGUUCUCCUGGAAGUGCUGAAACUACAAACAGAGAAGAAACCAGUAGAGCUGAGAGGAUGUUCAGAGGAAGAGAGUGAAAUGAAGAGUUUCCUUCAGUGUCUGCCCUACAUCUCACAGCUGAGCUUCUGUUACACUGAUGAUGAAGAAAUGAAGAUGUCUGCAGUAAAAUUCCUGCUGAAUUUCAGUGUUGCUGCAGUUGAAACUGACACAGUUACAGGAACAAGAUUCUCUACUCUGCUGUCAUCUGUGUGCAGUUAUGAAACCUUCCCUUUAAAUGAAGAGUGGGGUGAUGAUGAUUAUCAGAGUGAUUUCCUGCUGGAUCUUUGCUCACAUGUGAAGAACUAUGAGACUCAAACAGGCUGGAGUUUCCUUCCAGUAUUACAGUCAGUUUUCCAGUCACCUGAUGUCUGGAUCAUAGAUCUCUCACAGAGAAAGACCUCCGUCCUCCUGGAAGUGCUGAAACUACAAACAGAGAAGAAACCAGUAAAGCUGAGAAGAUGUUCAGAGGAAGAGAGUGAAAUGAAGAGUUUCCUUCAGUGUCUGCCCCACAUCUCACAGCUGAGGUUUUGGUUCUUUGAUGAUGAAGAAAUAAAGAUUGCAGUAAAAUUCCUGCUGAAUCUCAGUGUUGCUGCAGUUGAAAAUGACACAGUUACAGGAACAAGAUUCUCUACUCUGCUGUCAUCUGUGUGCAGUUACAAAACCUUCCCUUUUGAUCUAGAGUGGGAUGAUUAUCAGAGUAAUUUCCUGCUGGAUCUUUACUCACAUAUGAAGAACUAUGAGACUCAAACAGGCAGGAGUUUCCUUCCAGCAUUACAGUCAGUUUUCCAGUCACCUGGUGUCUGGACCAUAGAUCUCUCAGAGAGAAAGACCUCCGUCCUCCUGGAAGUGCUGAAACUACAAACAGAGAAGAAACCAGUAAAGCUGAGAGGAUGUUCAGAGGAAGAGAGUAAAAUGAUGAGUGUCCUUCAGUAUCUGCCCUACAUCUCACAGCUGAGGAUUAUUGACUAUUGGAAUAGAGGUCAAGGAGUGCAGUUUGUUCUGAAACUCUUCAUUAAAGCAGCAGAGACUGAGACACAGACAGGAGAGCAGAUGAUGAAACUGUUAGCAUCAGUCUGUGCCUACAGAUAUUUUCCUUAUGGAGAGACUGACAGAAUUAAACAGAGAGAUUUCCUGCUGGAUCUUUACUCACAUGUGAAGAACUAUGAGACUCAAACAGGCUGGAGUUUCCUUCCAGCGUUACAGUCAGUUUUCCAGUCGCCUGAUGUCUGGAUCAUAGAUCUCUCACAGAGAAAGACCUCCGUCCUCCUGGAAGUGCUGAAACUACAAACAGUGAAGAAACCAGUAGAGCUGAGAGGAUGUUCAGAGGAAGAGAGUGAAAUGAUGAGUUUCCUUCAGUGUCUGCCCUACAUCUCUCAGCUGAGAUUCUCUAAUCUGAGUAAAAGUGUUCAAAACAGAUUUCUUCUGAGACUCUUCAUUAAAGCAGCAGAGACUGAGACACAGACAGGACAGCAGAUGAUGAAAAUGUUAACAUCAGUCUGUGUCUACAGAUCUUUUCCUUAUGGAGAGACUGACAGAAUUAAACAGAGUGAUUUCCUGCUGGAUCUUUACUCACAUGUGAAGAACUAUGAGACUCAAACAGGCAGGAGUUUCCUUCCAGCAUUACAGUCAGUUUUCCAGUUACCUAAAGUCUGGAUCAUAGAUCUCUCAGAGAGGAAGACCUCCGUCCUCCUGGAAGUGCUGAAACUCCAAACAGAGAAGAAACCAGUAGAGCUGAGAAGAUGUUCAGAGGAAGAGAGUGAAAUGAUGAGUUUCCUUCAGUGUCUGCCCUACAUCUCACAGCUGAGGAUUGACUAUCAGAAUAGAGGUCAAGCAGAGCAGUUUGUUCUGAAACUCUUCAUUAAAGCAGGAGAGACUGAGACACAGACAGGAGAGCAGAUGCUGAAACUGUUAACAUCAGUCUAUACCUACAGAUCUUUUCCUUAUGAAGAGACUGACAGAAUUAAACAGAGUGAUUUACUGCUGGAUCUUUACUCACAUGUGAAGAACUAUGAGACUCAAACAGGCAGCAGUUUCCUUCCAGCGUUACAGUCAGUUUUCCAGUCCCCUGAUGUCUGGAUCAUAGAUCUCUCACAGAGAAAGACCUCCGUCCUCCUGGAAGUGCUGAAACUACAAACAGAGAAGAAACCAGUAGAGCUGAGAAGAUGUUCAGAGGAAGAGAGUGAAAUGAUGAGUUUCCUUCAGUGUCUGCCCUACAUCUCACAGCUGAGAUUCUCUAGUCUGCGUAAAAGUGUUCAAAUGCAGUUUCUUCUGAAACUCUUCAUUAAAGCAGCAGAGACUGAGACACAGACAGGAGAGCAGAUGAUGAAACUGUUAACAUCAGUCUGUACCUACAGAUCUUUUCCUUAUGGAGAGACUGACGGAAUUAAACAGAGGGAUUUCCUGCUGGGUCUUUACUCACAUGUGAACAACUAUAAGACUCAAACAGGCAGGAGUUUCCUUCCAGCAUUACAGUCAGUUUUCCAGUCACCUGAUGUCUGGAUCAUAGAUCUCUCACAGAGAAAGACCUCCGUCCUCCUGGAAGUGCUGAAACUCCAAACAGAGAAGAAACCAGUAGAUCUGAGAGGAUGUUCAGAGGAAGAGAGUGAAAUCAUGAGUUUCCUUCAGUGUCUGCCCUACAUCUCACAGCUGAGAUUCUCUAGUCGGAGUGAAAGUGUUCACAUGGAUUUUGUUCUGAAACUCUUCAUAAAAGCAGCAGAGACUGAGACACAGACAGGAGAGCAGAUGCUGAAACUGUUAACAUCAGUCUGUACCUACAGCUCUUUUCCUUAUGGAUGGACUGACAGAAUUAAACAGAGGGAUUUCCUGCUGGAUCUUUGCUCACAUGUGAAGAACUAUGAGACUCAAACAGGCGGGAGUUUCCUUCCAGCAUUACAGUCAGUUUUCCAGUCACCUGAUGUCUGGAUCAUAGAUCUCUCACAGAGAAAGACCUCCGUCCUCCUGGAAGUGCUGAAACUCCAAACAGAGAAGAAACCAGUAGAGCUGAGAGGAUGUUCAGAGGAAGAGAGUGAAAUGAUGAGUUUCCUUCAGUGUCUGCCCUACAUCUCACAGCUGAGGAUUCACUAUAAGAAUAGAGGUCAAGCAGAGCAGUUUCUUCUGAAACUCUUCAAUAAAGCAGCAGAGACUGAGACACAGACAGGAGAGCAGAUGCUGAAACUGUUAACAUCAGUCUGCACCUACAGCUCUUUUCCUUAUGAAAAGACUGACAGAAAUAAACAGAGGGAUUUCCUGCUGGAUCUUUGCUCACAUGUGAAGAAAUAUGAGACUCAAACAGCAUUACAGUCAGUUUUCCAGUCACCUGAUGUCUGGAUCAUAGAUCUCUCAAAGAGAAAGACCUCCGUCCUCCUGAAAGCGCUGAAACUCCAAACAGUGAAGAAACCAGUAGAGCUGAGAGGAUGUUUAGAGGAAGAGAGAGAAAUGAUGAGUUUACUUCACUGUCUGCCCUACAUCUCACAGCUGAGAUUCUCUAUAAGUGUUCAAAACAGAUUUAUUCUGAAAGUCUUCAUUAAGGCAGCAGCGUUUGAGAAACAGACAGGAAAGCAGAUGCUGAAACUGUUAGCAUCAGUCUGCACCUACAGCUCUUUUCCUUAUGAAAGGACUUACAGAAUUAAACAGAGGGAUUUGCUGCUGGAUCUUUACUCACAUGUGAAGAACUAUGAGACUCAAACAGGCAGGAGUUUCCUUCCAGCAUUACAGUCAGUUUUCCAGUUACCUGAUGUUUGGAUCAUAGAUCUCUCACAGAGAAAGACCUCCGUCCUCCUGGAAGUGCUGAAACUCCAAACAGAGAAGAAACCAGUAAAGCUGAGAGGAUGUUCAGAGGAAGAGAGUGAAAUGAGUUUCCUUCAGUGUCUGCCCUACAUCUCACAGCUGAGGAUUGACAAUAGGAAUAUCAGACUUGCAGAGCAGUUUGUUCUGAAACUUUUCAUUAAAGCAGCAGAGACUGAGAUACAGACAGGAGAGCAGAUGCUGAAACUGUUAACAUCAGUCUGCACCUACAGCUCUUUUCCUUAUGAAAGGACUUACAGAAUUAAACAGAGUGAUUUCCUGCUGGAUCUUUACUCACAUGUGAAGAACUAUGAGACUCAAACAGGCAGGAGUUUCCUUCCAGCAUUACAGUCAGUUUUCCAGUUACCUGAUGACUGGAUCAUAGAUCUCUCACAGAGAAAGACCUCCGUCCUCCUGGAAGUGCUGAAACUCCAAACAGAGAAGAAACCAGUAGAGCUGAGAGGAUGUUCAGAGGAAGAGAGUGAAGUGAGGAGUUUCCUUCAGUGUCUGCCCUACAUCUCACAGCUGAGAUUCACUAAUGUGAGUGAAAGUGUUCAAAAAAGAUUUCAUCUAAAACUCUUAAUUAAAGCAGCAGAGACUGAGACACAGACAGGAGAGCAGAUGCUGAAACUGUUAACAUCAGUCUGCGCCUACAGAUCUUUUCCUUAUCAAUGGACUGACAGAAUUAAACAGAGGGAUUUCCUGCUGGAUCUUUGCUCACAUGUGAAGAACUAUGAGACUCAAACAGGUGGGAGUUUCCUUCCAGCAUUACAGUCAGUUUUCCAGUCACCUAAAGUCUGGAUCAUAGAUCUCUCACAGAGAAAGACCUCCGUCCUCCUGGAAGUGCUGAAACUCCAAACAGAGAAGAAACCAGUAGAGCUGAGAGGAUGUUCAGAGGAAGAGAGUGAAAUGAAGAGUUUCCUUCAGUGUCUGCCCCACAUCUCACAGCUGAGCUGUUCUGAGCGGUGUUUGUUAACUCUAGUUAAAGUGGUUCAGCUCAGAGAGAAUCCAGAUCUGGUGACUUUACUGUUGGAGGUUCUUGACUUCUCCUUCAGUCUGGAAGGAAGUUUAUCCAGUAAAAUCUGCAGGUCUGUGGGGAGAGUCUUACGUUCCUCUGCUGACAGACUCAACCUCACUCUAAAACCUGAAGCCAUCUCUAUAAGAGGAACAAGACUUCUCUUCAGACACAUCACACACAUACACACACUCAGGCUGAGUGGUUAUAUGGUGGUGAGAAUAGUGCAGGCAUUGAGAUCUAUGAGGGUUCAAACUCCCGUCACUGUUAAUGAACUCACACUUGAUCCGAAUGAUAACCAGCUGUCAGAGAGGAAGUGGUCCAGAGUCCUGAGCAGUUUGGCCAUCCUUCUGAGACUCUGGACUGUCCAGUGUUUGAACCUGACUGAAUACAAGAUGGAGUCUGUUUCUCUAUCUGUCCUACUGUGUCACCAGGGCCCGCUGAUUCUCAGAUCAUCUAAAGAGAGUCUCCAGAAGCUGGUUGAAUGUGUCUGUGAAGCUCAGGAAGAGGAACUGACUCAGCACUUCCUGCAGAAAGUGGGUGGAGAUCUGACUUCCUGUUCCUUGAGCUGGGAAGAGCUUCACUAUUUCCUGCAGCACAAAAUUCAACAAAUCACUGUGGACUUCAGAAAGAGCAACAUUCAAUGCAAAAUCAGAGAAAUUCUGCCUUUUCUGAACAGGAUUCAGUUUAAACGGCUGAGCUCCAGCUUCAUGCUGUCUAUAAUGAGAGAGAUCUAUGAGAGCGGCUCUGCUGGAUUUGUGUCCAGUCUGUUGAGUUCAGUGAAGAACUACAUCAGCCUGCAGAGCAGAGAGCUGGACUCUGUCCACUGCGCCGCCCUGCGCUUCACACUGCAGCACUGCACUGCAGUUUCACUCAACCUGCUGUGGACCUCCAUACCAGAGGAAGAGCUGGAGAGCAUUGUGCCUCUCUUCAGACAUGUCUCCAGCCUCAGUGUUGACAGGCGGCUGUUACUGAAGAUGCUUCACUGCUGCAGUGUCUCUGAUGUCCAGCAGGAGGCAGCAGCAGUUCUGCUCUCCGUCCUGCAGCACAAGCUGGACUUCUGCCGUUCUGCUCUGGAUCUGACAACAAACACAGACUCUGAGCCUCUACAUCUGACCACUGAGGACUGCCGUGUGAUGAGCACAGUCAUUCAGAGAGCUCACACACACACACAGCUGAUUAUGCAGGACUGUGUGAUUAACACAGCUGGAAUGGACCAGCUGUUCCCAGUGUUACGUUCUGUCAAACUCUGCUGUGAUAAAUCUCUGCUGCUUCAGUUUCUGGCUCAUGUGAGGCCUGAGGAAGCUGUGUCUCUUUCUCGAGCUCUGGGUGACGAGGUCGACCUCAGUCAGACUCAUCUGGAGCCGCAGGUCUGUAGAGGUCUGGUGCUGAUUCUGGAAUAUUCUGAAGGACUGACUGAACUGGAUCUGAGUCAGUGUCGUCUCACUGAUCACAGCCUGGAUCUGCUGCUCCCAAACCUCCACAAAGCACAAAACAUUGAUUUUAGUGGCAAUAGCAUCACUGACAUUGGGGCUCAGAGAAUCUACAGUAUCGUCUCAGACAACAGCAACAUAAAGACAGUAAGGCUCUUCAACAACAGAAUUGAAUUCAGACAGCUCUUCCUCACAGACCCACGAUUUGAGAUCUGGUGAUGCCAAUAAACUCUCUCUGGAAUCAACCAGUGCAGAUCUAGAGAGAUGUUGAGGUAACAGGUGUGAACACUUUUGAAGAAUCCGAAGAAUCAGAGUCCCAGAGAUGAAUCUGUCCUGCAGAUUGUGAACCACGUUCAUGUUUCAUCAUCACCUUCAGUCAUAAUCAACACUGGGUUUCUGUUGCAUUAACUGUGUUUUGUAAAAUGACAAAAUCCAUCUAUUUUGUAAACUCUUUACUCUUCUCCACUGCUUUAUAUCAUUUGUGCCAUUAUUAGUUUUAGUUUUAAUUCGUAUUUUAUUUUCCAUUUGUCUUGUUAGUUCAGUUUCCAUUAGUAUUUACUAUAAUUAUUGGUUACUUAUUUUGUUUUUUGGUGUCUUCUGUGUGUUCAGCUGCCGGUCCUUUUAAACACCUCUUCCUCUUAACAGAGAUGAGCUGCUGCGACUGGGCCGGUCGCACUGAUCCAGACUUCUUGCCAGUCGGCAGACCAAAAAGUUUCUUUAAAAGUGUUUCUUUCGCUUUGCUGACGCCAUUCGAUCCACUUAGACUGUGGUAGAAAUGUAGGAGAAUCCAGCCCUCUUUUUCUUCUGUGUUUUUGGUAAAGGUAGACGAAUCAAACCACUUUAUUGUUACUUUCUUUUGUUUGGGUCGUGGGUCUCUCUAACAUAUUACAUUACUUUAUUGCUACUUUUUUUUUUUUUUUUUUUGGUUUUUCAGUAAAUUUAUAUUCUCAUUUAGUGUUUGUUUGUUUGUUUGUUUGUUUGUUUGUCUUUUUGGUCUGACGGCUUAAUGGAAGCCUUUACUUUUAUUUGUUACAUCUUACUGUUUGCAGACAUAUGUUUAUUAGUUUAGUUUCAGUUUUGUUAAUCUUUAUCAUUAACUAAAAGAAAAAUAAUGUUCUCUUUUAGUGUUCUUGAACAGUAAUAAGAACAUACAGUAAUGCAUUCACAUCACUGAUCACCUGAUCUUCUCCUCUUCAUCAUGAAGAAGAGUAGAAACCGUUUCACAGUCUGAACUCAGUGUUACUUCAGACACAAUACAAGAGAGACAUUAUACUCAGGAAAUCACACUUACCUCAUUCCUCUGACUGAAAUGAUUGGUUAGUUAGACGAGGAGGUCAAACUUGCUUUUGUUUUUAUAUCUUCUAGUUACACAUGAAUGUUAUGGUACUGAGACAGUUAUGAUAUAAUAUAUUACAAAUGUUUACAGGACGUUUGCUCCUUGUCAUACUUGACUGUUUUUCAGAUGUCUAUUUAACUUCUGUAUUCAAUCCUGUGUUGUACUCAUGGGUUAUCUUUAUUGCCUUUAUUAUUUCUGUGGAUAUGGUCAUAAAUUGUUACUGAUUGAAAUGAAAUAAUCAUCAAAAUUAUUAUUAUAAUAAAAUAAUUGUCAAAUCCAGCAUACAUUCAUUUUGAAACCUAUUACACUUGACUUUUUUUAAUUCAAUUAUUUAAAAUUUCCGAUCUGUCCUACUUUAUUUUCACCUUAAGUGCGAUAGAUUUUAUUAAUACAGCUGACGAUGUUGAUAAAAUCGAUUCCAUUUCCACAGACACGCGGGAACAACGGCUCCAAUCACUGAAGCAAUCUGUCUUUUUCAGUCGGAUGUUAAAUGUGUCUGUACAAGAGUGUUUACAGAAAAUAAAAGCUUUUGAGAACCACUGAA